AUGCGUUUGCCAUUGGAAGGUCCAUCGCAGGCACUUGCUUCCGGAAACCCUCGAGGCCUACGAUUUGCCGCGGACCCAGAUUAUAUUGAGAUCAAAGAAUCGAUCAGCCAGCGAGUCCUAGCCGGGCUUUUUGCACACACAAGACGGCUUCAGGAAGCCAAAGGAUUUGAGACUUAUACAGAGCCGCCCCCCUGGCAAGACGUGAAUCCAUUGAAUCCCGACCGAAACUCAAAUUACCAGCCGCCUAAGUGCGUAUCAUUUGGAGCGCCGCUGAGCUUUGAUGUCGGUCUGAAAGCGUCCACUGUCAAACAAUCCGUGGGUAGCCUCAGAGCUGACCCAUCCCACCGGGGACAUGUCGGCCAAAGGCUGGAUGUCGUUAGUUCGCGGAUGCCGGGGUACGGGAAAGUAAUCCUUUAUCGAACAGGCAAAACAGUCAACGAGGGACAGGACCCUCAGUUCUCAUGGACUCAUACGCAAACCGACACGAAGAGUUUCGAUGAUUUCAUGCGCUUUGCAUCAAAUGUGCCGAAUUUGGGUGAUGAAAAUAGGGCUCUCGUCGUAUCGCUCCUGAAGCGAGCACAGAGAGACCUUCCUGGAUCAAGUGAGCCGCACUACGUGAUGCGCUGUGUCGGCACCAAUUCCACUCAGGACCACACCGAAAAGUCGGCCAUCUUCCUCCGUCUUCCGUACUAUUCAACCCAAAAGAUGGAUGCAGCCCAAUCUUUCCGCAAGUCCGACUUUUCGACUCGCAGCCUCCUGCAGUAUUUUUACAACUUGGAGUCUACCCGCAACCGUGACCUGCAGCAGGUAAUCCGGAAAUCAGGAGUGUUUCCAAAGGGCCAUAUUAUUCAUGUCUCAGAAUUGUGGGCAGUGAUCGUCAAUUUCCAAUUCAUCAUUACGAGUGCACCGAUUCCUCUUAUGGAUGGCGCGAGCCCCUCGUUGGAGAUCAUAAGCCCGCCAGCAGCCCAGUCAUCAUCGCCUACCAAUAUUUGUGUCAUCAACCCCGACCAGCGUGUGUUCUUCUUCCCCGUGGAGCACUGCAAAACAUUCUUUGCAAUGAGAGACAAGAUUUCCAGAUAUUGCCUGCCGCAAAUCGAAGGCCACAAUUAUGAGAGUAAUCGGUAUGAAGACCGCAGAUAUGAGGGGCAUGGCUAUGAAGGCCGUGGUUAUGAACCUCGUGGCUAUGAAGGGCGGAGCUAUGAGGCUCGUGGAUAUGGAUCUCGUGCGUACGAGCCUCGUGGCUAUGAAGGGCGGAGCUAUGAGGCUCGUGGAUAUGGAUCUCGUGCGUACGAGCCUCGUGGCUAUGAAGGGCGGAGCUAUGAGGCUCGUGGAUAUGGAUCUCGUGAGUACGAGCCUCGUGGCUAUGAAGGGCGAAGCUAUGAACCUCGUGGGUAUGGAUCUCGUGCGUAUGGGCCUCGUGCCUAUGAAGGGCGGAGCUAUGAACCUCGUGGGUAUGGAGCCCAGAGGCAUGGAAACAAUGAUUUCAAAAUGUUUACCCAAGACAAAGUUCUGAUCAGAGCAGAGGAUUGGAUCAAACUAACAGCCUCAUGCGCAUCGACCCUUCUUCGCAUUCACAUUGAGACCUUUAUACAGGAGAGCUCAGAGGAGCGCCGAGAUAAAGAGAAAAGAGGGAAAUCGUGGAGAAAGCCAGCCUUCUCUGAUGAAUCUUCUAAAACAGAGGAAGACAAGAAGAACCCAUCUGAGACUGUUAGUCAUGAUCACUCGGAGAAAAGCCAAGUUCCGCCCGAGGCAGAUGAACGGGUUCAACCAGAGACAGAUGAAGAUGAACGGGGUCCGCACGAGACAGAAGAACCUGCUGAAGAAUCCCAAGCGGACUGGGACUACCAAUCUGGGAAAUUAGAUGAGGUGCGCUAUACUGGAGCAAGACAUCGCUCACGAGCGCGCCCCUGGCUGCGAUAUUUCUCAUAUUCCCCCGGUGUAGUAAUCAACCAAAGACUUCCAGGCGAUGACGAGAUACCCUCUCCUUCGAAUAUUUACUUCGAACCGACCAAGCCCAUCCUCUCAUGGGAUACUGAGGCUGCAGAGCAAGAUAUUAUCUCCAAUACAGCAGAUGCGGAAGAGCAGACUGAUCAUGGUCGUCGUUCCAUGACAUCCGACUCAGCCGGAAAUUCAUCUGCCUCCCAGGCAUCUCCCCCUCCUCAUCGAUCCACCAUCAACUUGGAAUUCCCGCCAGUAUUUACCUGGCAAACAAGGAAAAGGCCGUCUAGGGAAAAUAACGCGAUCUCAAAAUCAAACAUCCCUCUCGAUAACACCAGCCCGGAUCAUCUGAAGUCGAAUGUUCAGUAUCUAAAUGAGCGGCCCGAGCCUUUGAGCGUGGAUGAAGAGACAAUCAAGCACGUCUCAGCACAUAUCAAUAACGAGCUUCUCGAGCCUACCGAUGGGGAUGGGUGGGAAGUUUAUAGAAAAGCGACGACAAAGUCCUAUUUUGAUGUGGAUCGGGCUAUCACACAAAUAUAUGCCGUUUCUCUUCCCACGUUGAUUGCGGAACAUGCUGAGAUUGCCCCCGAAUCACUCUCGUCAGAAGCGGUGGCGUUGAAAGAUGUUAUCAUUCGGCUAUGUCGACUCUUUAGUUUCUUCGCACCACUUUCAUAUCCAUGUGCUGUCAGCGGCAAGUUCUGGGGAGCGGUUCACGACCUUCUUACCACCAUCCCCCAAUAUUGGGACAAAUCCCACAUACAAGAACCGGCCAACCGAACGCGUCAAAAACGGAUGCCGGAGACCUUCUUUAUAGCCAACAUCGGCAGCACUAAUUAUGCAGACAUUCAAGAAGAUGAAGGUCUGGAUGAACUCACUUUCAGCGUCGGGGAUUGCUCGAAAUGCAGUGCAUCCCGUCAAUACUCCACUCGGUCGGAUGCCAUCGACCAUUUGUUUACGCAUGUUUCCGUAGCUUUCCCCGAACAACGCUCGGUGAACGACUGGCAAUCACGAUGGGUGAUGGAAUUUGGAGAAUACAUGACAUAUAUAUGUCGGAAAGAUGACCGGAUAAUAAUUGGAGAGUUACAAGACUUUCUGACAAGCUUGGAGACAAUGGCGGCUCAGAUCCAGCACGGGGUAUCAGCUAAAGGAGAGUUUGACCGGGACACUUAUCGCAUCCCAUCAAAUUUGGUUGAUGCCUUUCAAGAUAUCCUAAUGAUGGUUGUGACCAGUGCGCAUCUCGUGAAUAAUUCUCAUAAAAAGCGAGAAAUUUACACAGGUCCCGACCCUGUGUCGACCUUCUUGAUAUCAUCAGAAGUGGAUGGGGUCACGGACGCUGGGACAGAGGCAGAGAUGUCCAUGGAAAGCGCCAUGAGAGAUAUUGUCUUGAUGACAUAUACCGACGAGAUAUCAGAUGUUGUGACCUACGAAGCCGUGGGUCCCGGAUUAGUCCUCGCCCUUAUUAUGGGGGACGUCCGUUGCAGAGACUCACAAAGCAAUCCGGUCAACUUGCUCGAGAUCUAUCGUGAAUACGUCCGCACCCUGCAAUUCAAAGCGAGUCAAAAUCCCCACCGACGCGUACUGCAGGAAAUCUAUCUCGUCCGCGAGGAGCUUGAAAUAAUCCAGAAGGCGUCCGAGAGACAGCGCCUUGUUCUCUCAAACUACCUCAGCGUCAUAAACCCACAUUCUUUCCGUAUUACGACCGAGUCCCGGCUCUCCGCAUUCGAGCUCGAAAAAGCGCGAUUAAACAAGCUCAUCAGCCAGCUCAACGCCGAGCUCGGAGCAAUCUCACUGCUCAAUAUAAAGCUUGACUCAUUGGCCAACCAGACGCGCAGUGGGGUAGACGUGCGGCAGGAAGACCAAGGAAAGGCCAUACUUGUCUUCACCAUUGUGACUGUGGUUUUCAUGCCGUUGUCGUUUGUGACUAGCUACCUCGGCAUGAAUACCAAUGACAUCCGCAAUAUGACCAGCUCACAGACGCUGUUUUGGGCCAUCUCCGCUCCGCUGACAGUGGGGAUUAUUACGAUCGUCUUGGUUGUUGCGUUUCAAGUUGACCGGAUUCGGGAGGCUUUCGACGCUUUUUGGACGUAUGAUUCUGCGCUGGGGGCGAAAUCCGGCUCGGCCGUUUUGCGUGGAAAGGGGACAGGGGAUCACAUUGGCAAACUCUCUGGAAUGUCAACGCCGAAGAAUUGGGCUACAAGUCGCUGGCCUGCAGGAAGGAAGACUGAGCAGGAGGAUUCAAUGGGCGUUUAG